AUGGACAAGAAGAUGCUCUGUGUGGCUGUGAAGCUGGUUUUGACAGGUUACUUUGGUAUGUGUGUGGGUCAAAGUAUUUUACCCCCGGGACCCCUGAGUGGAGCCGUGGCAGACUCUGUGAAAUUCAGCACAAACGUCCAGCCUCCGGCGACUCCAUUCAUCUCCGUCAGCUGGAGUUUCAAAGGGGUCAACAUCAUCACCUCCACGAGUGCCUCGAACACCACGAGGCCCGAGUACACCAACAGAAUCUCACUGGAACGAGCCACGGGAGGCCUGGAGCUCAGGAACCUGGUGCAGGAGGACGGGGGGGAGUACACCGUCACCAUCGUACCGGCGGAAGGGCCACAGAAGCAGGGGGAGACCACUCUGAAUGUGUAUACAAAGAUAACAGCAGCCACCAUCCGCAGCCCUGCAGCCGUCCUGAUAGAAGAUGAGAGCUCCACCAACCUCACCUGUGAGGCCUCCGGCUCCAUCAGCAGCAGAGUGUGGAUGAAGGACGAGCAGCCUCUCAGUCCCAGCAGCAGACUGAGCUUCUCCGCAGACAACCGGACAGUGUUCAUACAACCCGUGGACUCCUCCAGCCAUGGGCCUUACCAGUGUCGAGUCAGCAACCCAGUCAGCAGCAUGACUGUGGUUCAUAACCUGACUGUCAACUUUGGACCACAUAACAUUUCAAUCGUUGGACCGUCAGCUGCUCCGCCCGGCCAGCGAGUGACACUGCAGUGCACCGCCGACUCUGUCCCCCCGGCAAACUUCAGCUGGCUGUUCAACGGCAACGAGACCCGUGUGGACGACUCCAUGUUUAUCAUAGAAAGGCUGAAUCCGGAGAACACAGGGAAUUACACCUGCAGCGCCCGGAACAUGGUGACCAGGCGGGAAAACUCCACGGUGCUGAAUCUGAGAGACCAGUAA